AUGUCACUAACCUCUUUUCUAGAAGUUAAUCCCCCAAUUUUCAAGGGAACAACAAAUCCUGGUGAAGCAGACAAAUGGUUUAUUGCUGUGGAGUGUGCACUACAAACUCAACAUGUCUCAAACAAUCAGUUCGUGGAAUAUGCGACUUACCAAUUAGUGGGAGAAGCUCAGCAUUGGUGGCAAGGAGAGUGUCGAUUUUUGCAACUACAGAAUAUGGAUAUUCCAUUGGAGCUGUUUCGGACUGCUUUCUACAAGAAGUAUUUUCUUGAGUCAGUGAGGGAGGCCAGAGAGUUAGGGCUUAUACAGCUGAAAAAAGGUUCAAUGUCUAUGGCCAAAUAUACGAGUAAGUUCGAGGAGCUCUGUAGGUUCUCAAGGGUAUGUCAAGGAGCUCCUGAGUCCUAUGAGGGUUGGAAGUGUGAAAGAUACCAAGGAGGUAUGAGGAAAACUAUUAUGACUAUUGUGGUUCCAUUAGGGAUUCAGAGAUUCUCUGAACUGGUGAACAAGGCAAGAAUUAUUGAAGAUUAUUCCAAGAAGACGAUUUUGGUGAGAGGUGAUUAUGGCGGUAGUAGUAGCAGAGUUCGUGGGAAGUACGUUCCAUCAAGAGGCCAGAACUUCAAGAAGGGAAGACAUGCCCCUCAGCGAUCCCAAGGUCGAGGACAUGUUGGAGAGAUUAACCAUGACAAAUAUCACUAG